CCUUAAUAUGCAUCAGGCACUUGACGUAGGCACUUCCAUGCCUUUGGGGUCCUAAGAAAGAGCUGAAGGUGCGCAGGAAGGAAGCUGGGCGAUAAUGGCAGCGAGUCGACUGGACGGAAUAAAGUGAUCUCCGGGAAUGGCAGGUCUGACUUGAUGCUAAUAAAGAUAAACACCAGCCCACAUUGUUCCCCGGUGGCUAACGGUCCCACUGUGAGUUUUUUUUGUUUGUUUCGUUUUUGCGGUCCAGCGCUGCAGGCGUCAUUUUGAGGUCGGUGUUCCUACGAAUCAGACACCAUGUACUGCCUUCAGUGGUUGCUGCCGGUCCUCCUCAUCCCGAAACCGCUGAACCCGGCCUUGUGGUUCAACCAUUCGAUGUUCAUGGGUUUUUACCUGCUCAGCUUUCUGCUGGAGAGGAAGCCAUGCACCAUCUGUGCCUUGGUCUUCCUGGCCGCCUUGUUUCUCCUCUGUUAUAGCUGCUGGGGAAACUGCUUCCUGUACCACUGCCAUGAUUCUCCCCUGCCAGACGCCGCGCACGACCCCAGCAUUGUGGGCACCUAGACCCCUCCGGUUGCUGUGUGAGCUGAGCUCCUAUGCCGGGCUUGGCAUAUACGAGGACACUGGACAAUCUGUAUCUAGACUGUGAAUAACAUCCCGACUUUGAACUCUUUGAAAUUUGCGAGGAGCGUCGUCUUUCCUCUGCCUCUGUUUUGGCGGGACGGAUCACGCCGUUCUCCGUCAUAACCCUUUCAUCCAGAUUUGAGUUUAAAGCCCCACCACCCCCCAUUCCCACCACCACCCCACCUCUUUCCUGCAACCACCAAUUGCAUUACUGGAUCUACAAUUUGCAUGGGUUGACUUUAGCAUUCUGUUCCCCGCUCAUGUUGACGAUAAGUUCAUGCACCUUUUUGUGUUUUUGUCAUAACACAAUGCUGAUAGUUCCCAAGAAGGGUAGAAAGCAGUGUGUGUGUGAGUAUGAGUGUGUGCUUGCGCACCUGUCAGUUGUAGAAGCGGAAUACCAUUUGGAAUGAGUUGAGUCUUAAGUGUUACAUGGCUGGAAAAAGAAACAAAAAAGAAAAACAUGAUUAAUAUGAGUAACUGUGUCCCUCUGUAGACGCCUCACAGAAAUGGCAGAGAUAUUGAAACAAUCACAAGUUCAAUGGGCGUCGCCUCCAAAUUCUGUGUAGUAAGGUGGUAUUGGCACACUGUAAUUGAUAUAUCACCUAAUUUAAUAAAGUUGAGUUUAAAAAAAAAAAAAAAAAAAAACAGACGGGGGCUAUUUUCCAUGUGCUGGAAAUGAACGAUAUGAGGUUCGUCUCUGGUGACUUUUUUCACACCGAGUGGAAAUGCUGGACGCGGGCGGCAGCUGCUGUUAUCUGUUACAGAUUGAUUUAUCAGUCUCCGAGGCCUGCUGACUGCUAACGUCGGGAAGGGCUGCUGCGUGCGUGAGGCUCGGGGGGAAGAACUUUAACCCAGCCCGACUGGCUUCGCCGAACAUCCGCAAGUCAUAGGAAUUGAAGACGAAAUGAAACCUCUCUGGUACCGUUGUCACUCUUUAGAAAAAAACAAAAAGUGGGACCUGUUGGAAAUAAGAGAACGCUUGGUAAGAGGCGUGGGGUUCUGCGUUCCACCUGUGGGAGUGGCCGGGGCAGCAAUAAGCACAGCGCUGGAGCCUGGCCAUCCACUCAACUCCAGACACCACACAGCGUUCAAUGAGUUUUUCCCUGUCGACUUUUAAAAGAUGCAUUUUGACAAUGAAUCCCCAGAAGAAGAAAAAAAAAAAAAACCCAUUGUAUUGUGUGUUUUGUAAUGCACGUUGGCAACUGCCAAUGAUAAACCCAUUUUGCUCUCAUUAGAUUAGAGUAUAUAGGUCUGAUUUGAUCUCUUGUGAAAUUGUGUGGAAACUCGCUAAUUUGUAUUUGAAAUUUUUUGCUGUGUCAUUAUUCGAAGUCUGUGUCCAAUGUUUUUGUUGUCCUUUUUUCAGUUCGGAAGCCUUUGUCAGAAUGAAAUGGGCUUCUCGUGUAUAUAAAUGAGGUUUUGAGUGAA